AAGGUCCCCAUUCAAGAUAUCUGAAAUUGGAACUGUAGUCCCAAUCGUGGUUACCAAUCGUGAAUAACGAUAUCGAUAAGAGUCAAAGCUAGAGUGGCCAAUUUGUUACUCGUGAUCGUGUCCUCUCAUGGUACGACGCUUUUCGAGCAGCAGCUUCAGAGUUUACGGUUUUUGUUGAAUUGAAGUUAAGCGCAUUGCUACUGCCUUUCUACCAAUCUUCUUUUGCAGAAAGAAAAAUCAAAGAUCAAAAAAAUGUCCGGCGGUGGAGGCGAGCAGGCUUUCUACUACCAAGUCGUUCUGCCCGACAAGGAGCAGGCGACCGGGGAGUGGUCACAAAUGGACCAAGAAGCGACGGCCGCUGUUGCGGUUUUCGUGAUUCUGAAGCCUUACUCCGAUAUCACGGAGUACAGCGGGAACGCAAUUGUCACGUCAACGAACAGCAAUCUCGAGGGGAUCAAGAACGAGCAUCUGUGGCAGAACAAAGGGUACAGUAAAGGCGCCGACGCGGCCCUGCAUAAAAAAUGCGCGGGACAAUCCGGGAACUUGACCAAAUUGUCAAAAUUGUGCAAAGAAGCCUUGGCGGCGAGGCGCGACGGGGUGAAGAGGAGGGCGAGGGCGAGACGGGAUGACGAUAGAAGAGCGGGGAACAGUAAUGCUGAUAUCACCCCGCCCGCAAGUGGGAGAAAGUACUCCAAUACGAUUUCUCCGAGUCCAAGACAGCCGAAUUCCCGAUCCGUCUCCAAGAGUCCACGGCCGACAAAGCCGGGUGCGAGCACGAGACAACCGGUGUUGCAGGGUUACGCAUCCGGUACAACAACUUCGCCCAGGUUUCCCGGAGCGGACGAUGCUGAAACCACGUGCGACCUACCUCUCCAACCACCACUCCAAGGGAUUCUGAAGCACACGACUAAUACGUCAGGUACAGCUAGGGACAACCAGCCGACCCCGGAAGCUACCGAUGAGGAAGAUGAUUACGGCGGGAUGACUGGGGCCCAGAAUAAACGGAUGCGACGGGGAAACACCACGACCAAAAUCGCUUACCGCGGCACUGAGACGACCAUUCCCUUUUCCCAGCGGGAGGAUGUGACGGGGGUCAGGGAGAAGGUGAUUGUCGGCAGCCGAAAGCCAACCGCCAGCCCGAGACCAAUGAGCCAAGUGGGCGCACCGGUUCCGCACGGGUUGAAGCCGAGCCCGCGACCUCCAGGAGGGAACAAUACCAGUCGGAACGUCACGCCUAGGUUGGAACCGGGGUCGGCGCGAAAUGCGGGAUCGGGGAGUGCCCAGCCAGCUUGGAUGAACAGCGGGACGAAUAAGCAAAUCACGCCAAGAUUGAACCAGCGGCAGGGCACGGCGUUUGCGGAGGGGAGUCACCUGUCGCCGGAUGUUGACGAUCAACGAGAAGGUGAUGUCUCUGCGGGAAGCCAGGGCGAGGAGGACGAUGAUGAAGCGGACUUUUCCAUCCCCGACGAGUACAAUUAUGUUGUUGUGACAGAAGAUAACAACUAUGUUAACGACGAGGAAGAUUGCUCCUGGUCCUGCAGCUACGACUCCUGUGGUGAUCAACAAGAACAACAACAUCCCUCGCGAUCUCACUCCAAAACGUCCUACUCAGCGAAUUCCUAUUCCUUCCAAACGGCGCUUGGUGAGAGCAAAAGCGUUAGUGCAGCUGAACAGGAGAAGUUGCAGUCCCGGUCCGGUUCCGGCACAGCAAAUGACGAAGACCAAGUUGCCUCUAUCAACGAGCUCUAUCUCGAGGAGGGCGCCCAUGCCGCCGUCGACACGGACAACCCGCUGAACAAAAAGCCCAAAGAAGGAAAGAAGGAUAUGGGGUUCUCAAACGUUACAUUCUCAAGCGUUACAUGAAUUUGUAAUGCAAGAAUGGCAAAAGGAAAAGAAAAGUGAAAGGGGAAAGCGUGCGCCUUUUGGUUUUGCAUUACAGGUUUGGCACGGAGUCCAAUGCUAUUUAGCGCGUCAAGACCUUGCCAUGCGAGGCAGCUUGAUGAUGUAGAUACUGACGAGAAUCGAAUAGCUUCGCCCGCUCGGCGUGACAACGCAAACUUGCGCUAGAAUGGGUAGUAGGGUUAGUGGGGGUGGUGGGUGAGGAAGCAAGGAAGGCGGCUCACUCCUGGGGGGAGGGAGACCGGCCCCAACCUCCCGUCCUGUAGGAACGCGCAGCCGCUUGCGCGAACUUUUUUCGCAGAGGCGCAGUGGUACUCGGUAGGGAACACACGCGAAGCCUUCGUUGGGGGAUGGCGCCGCAGUUUCCCGGGCGCGGGGAAGACCGCCGGAAGCCCCCCCCCCUGUUUGCGCGAUUCUGUCCCUGCGUACGUAUUGAGGGUCCGACUUCUUACUUUUCCUGCGUACACAUCAGAACCACCCAGACAGUAGAGGUCGCUUCUGCAGCAAUGAAGGAACUAAAGUCGCCCUCUCCUGCUGCCACGAAGAAACUUUUUAGCCCUCUAUUGCGCAAUACCCCGCGCAGGAUAGACGAUGGCGAUGAUGAUGAUGAUGAUGAUAAGACGAUGAUAAAAAAGCAAAUGAUCGAUUAGAAAAGAAGAUACGCAUCCAAGGCUUUUAGAAGUUCAAGUCGCGCGGCCGGCCACGCAGUCAUGCUGGCUAGCCGGCAUGCGAGAUCUGCAGUAGGCCAGGCCCAGGAGCAGGAAACGAUGAUCAAAAAGCUACGCCGGGCACGUAUGCCACAGGCGAGGGCGCGGGCAGGUUGCUUCGUCCUCGCGCUGGCGAAUCCGUAGGGGCCUUGCUGCGGUUCAUACUUACAAUCGCCCCACCCUCUCAUAUCCACGCUUCAUCUCCGAACAGCGACGGUCUAGCUUUUGCUUUUCUUUUUACCACUGCAACCAUUUACAUUCAUUUAGAGAAAGCCUAGCUUUUACCCAUUGCUAUACUAAGCUCUGUCGUUGUGUUGUUGGCGCCAUCGCUCCUUUUAGUAAGUCUCCAUCAUUGGCGCGCCGUCUUCUCCUGCAAGUGCAGCCGCGCAUCUAGUAGAAGAAGCCUUAUUUGAAACAUUCUCCACUCCGCAACCAAUGUCGAAGCCUGAUUUCCCAAAUCACCCGGAUGAGAAGGGGCGGAAGGUGGAUUUAAUUCGGGGCGCCAUGUACCACCGGCGCACGGGUUCGGAGAGAGAGGGGCGCGCCGACGGCGCAAACCGUGCGGAAUACAUCUGGGUCGGGGACUCGAAGGCCGCUAGCGGCCACGUUGUUUGCUGGUUCUCCACGUCGCAGGAACCAAAGGGACAAAAGGGGCCCGGCAGUGCUAUGCUUGCGGGCGAAGAUUGGUGGCUGAUAUCAUGGCGCCCGGGGAAGUACAUCAUGGACCUGGACUGCCGAGCCUCGGAGAAUUUUAUAGACGUGGCGGAUCGCGCUUUCCGCGAGUUGCGGCCUGGCGCGACUCUGCGGCCGAACUAUUUCAGAAAUAUCUAAGGACAGGGCGCCGAGCUAGAGGCUGUAGACGAGAGCGAGUUUUUGGGAAGUCUCCGCGGCUAGGUUGUCACGCUGUUUCUGUGUUUUCAAUUUCAAGACCCAAACCCCAACGCUGAUUUUCGAUUGCAGUACAUUUGUCAAGCGGCACGCUAGCAGCCCCGUGCGCGUGGCCCUCUUGCGCAUGUUGAGGAAACGCCGCGCGCAUCGAAAGAAUGUUUUUCCCUGUGCCUGGAGCUCGAGCGUGUGUGGCGCCACUGUUGUGCACGUGGUGUCAUUAGAACGAAGUGGACGCGUUGGCGUCUGUAGCCAAUGUUGCCUCCUACGUAGGAAGCUGCUUGUCGAUGGGUAGUUGAAAUGUGGCGCCUCGAUCGGUCUACUUUCGUCUUCCGCUCGGCUUCUUCUUUGCGUUAGGGCGCUGCCACGCGCCACUUGUCGGUCCCUCGGUCGUCGCUUGCGCGGAAAAAAGUCAGGCCGUUCGUGUUUUGGAAGCUGAAAAACAAAAAUGAAGCACGGCCCCCGCCUCGCCUUUGAGGAAAUGGCGCACGGUGCAGCUUGCUCUUCGCCGCUAUCUUCUCGGAUAGGAAUGAAGGCGAUGAUGAUGAAGAUGAUGACUGAAGAGUCGCGGCUAUCUCAUGAAUGAUGACGAUGAUGGUGAUUAUUAUCCCCGCCCCACGUACAUGAUGACCAUGAUGAUCAAUAUGAUGACGAUGGUGAUGAAGUGCGGGGGGCCCUCGCCCCCCGGCCGCGCCCCCCCCGCCCAUUCGAUAUGAUGACGGUGAUGCGUCGCGAUUUUCAGUGCAGAGUAUGACUCUAAGACUGCGAUGAAGAUUUCAAGAUUGAAAUAGUGACGGUAUGAAAGUGUUUAUAAUUUUUCCAUGAUGGAGAUUAUGGAUGAGAUUGAGACGAAGGCUCUGAGAUCGAGAUAAGUGCGGGGGGCCCUCGCCCCCCCCCGCACCCCCCCCGCCCAUUCGAUAUGAUGAUGGUGAUGCAUUGCGAUUUUCAGUGCAGAGCAUGACUUUAAGACUGCGACGAAGAUAGUGACGGUAUGAAAGUGUUUAUAAUUUUUUCAAGAUGGAGAUUAUGGAUGAGAUUGAGACGAAGGCUCUGAGAUCGAGAUAAGUGCGGGGGGCCCUCGCCCCCCCCCCGCACCCCCCCCGCCCAUUCGAUAUGAUGAUGGUGAUGCAUUGCGAUUUUCAGUGCGAAGUAGGAUUUUAAGACUGCGAUGAAGAUUUUAAGAUUGGAAUAGUGGUGGUUUGAAAGUGUUUAUAAUUUUUCCACGAUGGAGAUUAUGAAUGAGAUGGAGGCGAAGACUCUGCGAUCGAGAUAAGUGCGGGGGGCCCUCGCCCCCCCCCCCCCCCCCCCCCCCGCCCAUUCGAUAUGAUGAUGGUGAUGCAUUGCGAUUUUCAGUGCAGAGCAUGACUUUAAGACUGCGAUGAAGAUUUUACGAUUGGAAUAGUGAUGGUAUGAGUGUGUGUAUAAUUUUUCCAAGAUGGAGAUUAUGAAUGGGAUUUAGAUGAAGGCUCUGCGAUCGAGAUAUUGUGUCUGAGAUCGAAGAUUAUGACUUUCGAAAAGGGCUUACGACUUUAAGAUCGCGAUAAGGAUUCGGAGAUCGAGAUGAUGGAUUAUGAUUUUCUAAAUGAGAUUAUGACUUGAAGAUCGAGAUAGUGGCUCGGUGAGUGAGAUGAUGAUUGUAAGAUUGAUGAUUCUCAGAUCAAGAUUGAAUUUUGUGAACUCUGUGAAUUCUGUGAAUUUUGUGAACUCUCGCGAACUAUGUAUGAUGUGUGAUGAAGAAGAACUCAAAAGGUUUAGUGAACUCAAAAGGUGCACUGAACACAAAAGAUGCACUGAACUCAAAAGGUGCACUGAACUCAAAAGGUGCAUUGAAUUCAAGAGAUGCGCUGAACUCUUUUGAAUUUUUGUUAAAGUUGUAGAUAUGACUAUCAAUGAGAAUUUUGCAUGGCAAAAAAAAACAAGUUAGUAACAGUUGAGAAUGUAACGCUUGAAAUUUCCAUAAAGGAGAAACCCCCCAACCUCCGGGUGUCCGAAGAUGGGAACAAGUUCAAAUUCAACGGGGAGAAAACUUUAUCCCUAGACGACACCUUCCCCAACCCGACGUUUUUAAAAGUGAUGCGCACCCGCAACAUUUCGGAAAAGGACCCGCAUUCCCGCUUCCCAGGGAUGCAGCCGAAUUUCUUGCAAAACGCGAGCCGGACGACACAGAAACUGUACCAGAACAUGCCUUUGUCCACCGCCCCGCCGGGGAGAAAGCGCUUGACGGUCGAAGACGUCGAGCCGAAGAAGCAGGAUGACUCGAAGAAGCUCCCCUCGAACCAAGUCGCGAUCAAGCAGUACACAAUUCAUAGGGGGGGAGGGAUGUUAAACGAGGAGGACGACGAUGAGCUGAAGACGAAAAACGGCAGCAAAGCCACGCGGAUGCAGUUGAAAGGAACGGAGGCGUCUCCGCGUGAUCCUUUUGUCGACUACGGAAUGCAAAAUAAGUCCCGUAGCCGUACACGACGAACAAAAUGCAUCACAAAUUUCGCCAACAGACACUGCAACACUUGUCAUGCUGACUAGGAAUUGAAGGCGAGUUUUGUCAUGCAGCAAGAGCAUGCAACCAACAUCUUCCACAACUGUUGUACAUAACUUCAUCGUGUGCGGGAAAUUUCCUGUUCAUAUCGACGGCACGGAAAUAACCCCCAGAUCCGUCGCGGCAAUUGGUGCUGAUGACUUCACGAACAACCUGGAGUAUUUCGAGAAACUCGCGCCGUUUGAGAUUUUGGAGACGAAUUUGGUGCCGAAAAAGUUCCCGAUGAUGAAAUGCUUCCGGAUUCUCCACAUUUCCCUACCGGCUUUUCCGAGGGAAAGCAGGGACGACAUCUUCGAUAGUAGCAACGAUCCGAGUUCCGACAGCAACGAGUCGGACUCCGCGUUGUUAGGCGAUUUACGGCAAAGAAGGAACAAAGACAGCCUUCCCGGCGAUGACAGGGCGCGGAAAAGGGCGCAGAAGCAGAAAAAUAAAUCCUCCACCGCGAAAAGGAAGGAAAAGGAGCAGAAAUUGCUGACCGAAGUGUCGAAACUACUUUUGGAAGAGGUCGUGGAGACUGAAGCGGAGGCGGAGGAAAGGUUACGAGCGGGGUUUCGGGACACGCUGUGGUACGCUCUGCACUUCUAUCACAGGGAAAAGUGUUUUAACGUUAGCGGAAUUUGUGAUGCAGUAUAUGCAUCACAUAAGGUGCCCAAAUUUGUCAUGCAUAGCAUGCAUAUUAGGCAAAAACUGGCACACGUGACUGCAUUCUGUGAAAACCGUUAACGUUAUCACUUUUUUGCUUGAUAACUUCGGACACAGCACGGAAGUGACGUAUUACCAAAAACAGAUGGCGGAGGAAUUGGAGUACGAGAAGAGGAGACAAAACCCAGACGCGGAACAAGACGAAGACGGGCAAACAGAUCCAUCAAAACAGCACGAAAAGCAAGCGCGCGGCCAGCCCCGGCACAUGAAGCUGGCGUAUCCAGCGAUAGGCUGCGGGUCUCUGAACUACCCGCCGAACCUUGCGGCGGGGCACGCGUUCGGCGGGUGGAUGGAAGUGAUGCGGAUUUUGAAGGGGUCACUGUAUCCGACGUUGGUGACCAUCGAGAUCCGGUUUGGCGGGGAUAUUCGGACCUUCAACGCGUGGAAAGAAGUGUCGGAUGCGUUUUUGAGAAGAAACGUGAAGGACGAGCACGGUCGGAAGGUGAAGCAGAUGCAGGCGAAAAUUGACGGUCGAAUGGAGGAAAACGUGAAGUGUUGCGGGCUGUUUGCGGAAAGGAAGCAUUAUCGACCAUAGGAAGGUGUGGUGAUGAAGACGAGAGCACUAUCGAUGUCCCUGUUGGACCCACUGGUGCCGACCAUUGUCAUCAGGAACCAAAUAGAAAAACGCUAUAUUAAAUAAAUGUUGAUGUUUCUGUUUCCGGCGUUUCCCAGAAAAUGAUUGCGAUGCGACCAACGACCAAGGUGAACGACUUUGGCACCAUAAUUUCUAAAUUGGUAUACGUGAAA